AUGUCUUUGGUUCAAUUAUAUGUUCCGACAGAAGUUUCGAGGGCUAUUGUUUAUGAGAUUGGUCAAUUGAAUAUGAUUCAGUUUAGGGAUUUGAAUUCUAAGGUCAAUGAAUUUCAAAGAUCGUUCGUGAAGGAAUUGAGAAGAUUGGAUGAGAUUGAAAGACAAUAUAACUUUUUCAAGAAGGAGUUGGACCAAAGAAGUAUUCCUGUCAAGACAUAUCCAUACCUGAAUGAAAUGCAAAACAUUGUUCCGCAGAGUGAGAUUGAUACUCAUGUUGAGAAUGGCAAAUUGUUGGAGGACCGUGUUUCUCAGUUGAUCGAUUCCACGGAGUCAUUAUACUACAAACAAAAGGAUUUGAAGCAAUUGAAAUACAGUAUUCAAAGUGUUGGGAACUUUUUUGGGACGAAUAGCGGCCCCCAACAAGAAUCGGGCGAUGAUGCUUUGUUAGCUCAACUUGAAGCUGGUGGUAUUUCUGAUUUACGUGAUCCAUCGUUUAUUUCUGGUGUAAUCAACAGGGAUAAAGUUUUCACUUUACAACAAAUUUUAUGGAGAGUUUUAAGAGGUAACUUGUACUACCAUUCUGAAGAAUUGGCGGAACCAAUUUAUGACGUUAAGACCAAUACCUACGUUGAUAAGAAUUCAUUUAUUAUUUUUUCACACGGGACUAUUGUUUAUGAACGUAUUAAGAAGAUUUGUGAAUCCUUGGACGCUGACUUGUAUAAAGUAGAUUCGACCAAUGAAUUGAGAAGUGAGCAGUUAAGGGAAGUUGAUUCAAAGUUGGCAGAUAUUUCGACUGUUUUAUCCCAAACUGAAAAUGCGUUAAACUCAGAAUUAAUCGCUAUCUCAAAGGAUUUGUCCAAGUGGUGGGAAAUUGUAGCGAGAGAAAAGGCAGUAUACAAAAUAAUGAACAAAUGUAAUUACGAUGAUUCUAGAAAAGCGUUGAUUGCCGAAGGUUGGAUUCCAAGUGACGAAGUGCAAACCUUAACUUCAACUAUCAAGUCCUCCACGGCUUCUCAAUCUAUCCCAACAAUCAUUAAUGUCCUAGAGACCUCGAGAACACCUCCUACAUAUCAUAGAACGAACAAAUUCACUGCCGCAUUUCAAAAUAUUUGUGAUGCUUAUGGUAUUGCAACCUACCGUGAAGUUAACCCAGGUUUACCAACCAUUAUUACUUUCCCAUUUAUGUUCGCUAUUAUGUUUGGUGACUUAGGUCAUGGGUUUAUUUUAACGUUAGCUGCUUUUGCAUUAGUUUACAAUGAAAAGAAACUAGGUGCAAUGAAACGAGAUGAAAUUUUUGACAUGGCAUUUACAGGUCGUUACAUUUUGUUAUUAAUGGGUAUUUUUUCGAUGUACACCGGUUUCUUGUAUAAUGAUAUCUUUUCUAAAUCCAUGACCCUCUUUAAAGCAGGUUGGGAAUGGCCAGAAAAUUUUGAAAUAGGUGAAUCUAUCGAAGCAAAAAGGACUGGUACUUACAUUAUGGGUUUAGAUCCGACUUGGCAUGGAUCUGAAAAUGCUUUGUUGUUCACAAAUUCCUAUAAAAUGAAAUUAUCUAUUUUAAUGGGUUAUUUACAUAUGUCUUAUUCAUAUUGUUUCUCAUUAACUAACUACCUUCAUUUUAAAAGUAUGAUUGAUAUAGUAGGAAAUUUUGUUCCUGGUUUAUUAUUUAUGCAAGGUAUUUUUGGUUACUUGUCGUUAUGUAUCGUUUACAAAUGGUCCAUUGAUUGGUUUGCAAUUGAGAAGCAACCACCAGGGUUAUUGAACAUGUUAAUUUCAAUGUUUUUAUCUCCAGGAACGGUUGAAGAGCCUUUAUACAGCGGGCAAUCUACUGUCCAAGUAUUUCUUUUACUAAUUGCUUUAAUUUGUGUUCCAUGGUUAUUAUUAGCUAAGCCAUUAUAUUUUAAGAGAAAGUUCGCUCAAGAAGCUCAUCAAUAUCAACAAUUACCAAAUGAUGAUAACGAAGAUGAGCAUAACACUGACAAUAACCAAGAAGAUGAAGAAGACCACGAAGAGCACACAUUUGGUGACAUAAUGAUUCAUCAAGUGAUUCAUACUAUCGAAUUUUGCUUGAACUGUGUUUCUCACACUGCAUCAUAUUUGAGAUUGUGGGCAUUAUCUUUAGCACAUGCCCAAUUAUCUACUGUCUUAUGGUCUAUGACCAUUGGAGGUGCCUUUGGUAAGACUGGAAUUGUUGGAGUAAUCAUGACAGUUGCUUUGUUUGCCAUGUGGUUUGUAUUAACUGUUGUUAUCUUAGUUAUUAUGGAGGGUACUUCCGCCAUGUUGCACUCCUUAAGAUUGCAUUGGGUUGAGUCUAUGUCUAAGUUCUUCGAAGGUGAGGGUACUUUGUACGAACCUUUUGGUUUUAGAAACUUGUUAGAAGGUGUAUUUUAA